GAGGGGCAGUCGUGGCCGCCGGAGGCUGAGCGCCCGCGCGUGGACGAAGUGACCCCGGCAACUUCUCCAACUCGGCCGGCGCCGCCCCGCGCGCACCCGGGACUCCGGGGGAACGGCCGUGUCGCCGAUCGGGGGCCCGGGCGCGUGUCGGGCUCUCCACCCAGGGUUCUGUGCCUGAAUUACAAAGACAGCUCUUCAGCCAGUUCAUUCCAGAUGAAUGAAUGAUUAUGUGAAGUGUGGUCUACACUUCCUCUGGGGGAUCAUUUCAUGGACCCACUGCCCGGACUUACUAACCACGCUGCCUUGCGCCUGGGACCCUGUCAAGUCGACUGACCAAUAAUCUCCCUCAGUGCACAAACUAGACUGCAGGUGACGAUGGGAAACUCCGAGAGUCAGUACACCCUACAAGGACCUAAAAAUCAUAGCAAUACUAUUACUGGUGCUAAACAAAAGCCUUGCUCCCUGAAAAUCCGUGGCCUUCAUGCCAAGGAUGACAAGUCAUUGCACGGAUGGGGUCAUGGCAGCAGCGGAGCAGGGUACAAGUCCAGGUCGUUGGCCCGAAGCUGCCUUUCUCACUUUAAGAGCAAUCAGCCUUACGCAUCCCGACCAGGCGGCCCCACGUGCAAAGCCUCCAAAGGCAGUGCCUAUGCCAAGCAUAGGACAGGUGCCGCAGGGUCAGAUUUCCAGGGCACCGAUGCCGCUUUCUCACCCGAGAAUGGCUUCCACUAUGUCGGACGCCCGCCCGAGGAGAACCACUCGGCCUCGAGGGACUGCCGCAACGGGCACCUUCUCAACUGCUACAGCGGGAACGAAAGCAUCGCGUCCACCCCGCCGGGUGAGGACCGCAAGAGCCCCCGGGUGCUCAUCAAGACGCUGGGCAAGCUGGACGGCUGCCUGCGGGUAGAGUUCCACAGCGGCGCCGCGCCCCCGGGGGCCUCCUCCUCCGGCGGCCCGGUGCAGCUGCUGCGCUACUCGGCCGGUUCCCCGCCCAGCCCGCGCGCCUCCCCGGCCGCCGCCGCGCGCCCCCGCUCCAGCAAGGGCAGCUCGCUCAGCUCCGAGUCCUCCUGGUACGACUCGCCCUGGGGCCCGGCCGGCGAGGUCAGCGAGGCCGAGGGCUCCUUCGCCGCGCCCGACACGCCCGAGCCCGGCCUCCACGCUGGCUUCCCGACCAGGGAUGCUCCAAAGCCUUUCAGCCAAAGCGCCUCCCUCUCAUCCCUCCGGGACCCCUACCCCAACGCCUCCCUGGGGAGCCUGGCCCCCGCGGCCCUGCGGCUUUCCGAUGACUACAUGGGCACCCGCGCCAGCCUCAGUGCCCGCGUGUCCUUCGCCUCAGACAUGGACGUGCCGGCCCGCGUGGAGCGCGGGGAGCCCGGGCAGUUCGCGUCCUUCACCCUCCCUUGCCGCAAGUCCAGGGCCCUGGGCGAGGAGUCCUCCAAGAAGGACACCCUGAAAGCCAGGAUGCGCCGCAUCAGCGACUGGACGGGAAGCCUCUCGAGAAAGAAGAGGCGACUCCAGGAGCCGAGGUCCAAGGAGGGCAGUGACUACUUUGACAGCCGUUCGGAUGGGCUGAACGUGGACACGCAGGGGCCCUCCCAGGGGUCUGUGUCCCUGUGGUCAGGGGGCUCCACUCAGAUCCUGUCCCAUAGAAGCGAAUCUGCUCAUGCGAUCGGCAGCGACCCCCUUCAGCAGAACAUUUACGAGAAUUUCAUGCGAGAGCUGGAAAUGAGCAGGACCAACACGGAGAACCUUGAGACGUCCACGGAAACGGCCGAGUCCAGCAGCGAGUCGCUCAGCUCUUUGGAGCAAUUGGACCUGCUCUUUGAGAAGGAGCAAGGGGUGGUGCGCAAAGCCGGGUGGCUCUUCUUCAAACCCCUCGUCACUCUGCAGAAGGAAAGGAAGCUGGAACUGGUGGCCCGGAGGAAAUGGAAGCAGUAUUGGGUGACACUUAAAGGAUGCACGCUGCUGUUUUACGAGACCUACGGGAGGAAUUCCAUGGAUCAGAGCAGUGCCCCCCGCUGUGCCCUGUUUGCAGAAGACAGCAUCGUGCAGUCUGUCCCGGAACAUCCCAAGAAGGAACAUGUUUUCUGCCUCAGCAACUCCUUCGGGGAUGUCCACCUGUUCCAGGCCACCAGCCAGACAGACCUGGAGAACUGGGUCACCGCCAUCCACUCGGCCUGCGCAUCCCUCUUUGCAAAGAAACACGGCAAAGAGGACACAGUCCGGCUGCUGAAGAACCAGACCAGAAACCUCCUCCAGAAGAUUGACAUGGACAGCAAGAUGAAGAAGAUGGCGGAGUUACAGCUGUCCGUGGUGAGCGACCCAAAGAACAGGAAGGCCAUAGAGAACCAGAUCCAGCAAUGGGAGCAGAACCUAGAGAAGUUUCACAUGGAUCUGUUCAGGAUGCGCUGCUAUCUGGCCAGCCUGCAGGGCGGGGAGUUGCCGAACCCCAAGAGCCUCCUUGCUGCCGCCAGCCGCCCCUCCAAGCUGGCCCUGGGCCGGCUGGGCAUCUUGUCAGUUUCCUCUUUCCACGCUCUGGUAUGUUCUAGAGAUGACUCUGCCCUUCGGAAAAGAACUCUCUCACUGACUCAGAGGGGAAGACACAAGAAGGGGUUGUUUUCUUCAUUAAAAGGCCUGGACACACUUGCAAGAAAAGGGAAGGAGAAAAGACCAUCUAUAACUCAGAUAUUCGAUUCCAGUGGCAGCCAUGGAUUUUCUGGAACUCAGCUACCUCAAAGCUCCAAUAACUCCAGUGAGGUGGAUGACCUGCUACACUUAUACGGGUCAGCAGUGGAUGGUGGUCCCCGAGACAGCACGUGGGAGAGCCAAGUUGAUGUUCACUUUCAGGAUCAUCAAGCUGUGACUGUGAUGAUCAAGCCGGAAACCAGAGUAGAAGAUAUUCUGACUCUGGCCUGCAAGAUGAGGCAAUUGGAACCCAGCCAUUAUGGCCUACAACUUCGGAAGUUAGUGGACGAGAACGUUGAGUACUGUAUUCCUGCACCGUACGAAUAUAUGCAGGAGCAGGUUUAUGAUGAGAUAGAAGUCUUUCCACUAAGCGUGUAUGAUGUGCAGCUGACAAAGACCGGGGGUGUGUCUGACUUCGGGUUUGCAGUGACUGCGCAGGUGGAUGAACACCAGCAUCUCAGCCGCAUCUUUAUAAGUGAUGUCCUCCCUGAAGGCCUGGCGUAUGGGGAAGGGCUGAGAAAGGGCAAUGAAAUCAUGACCUUAAAUGGGGAAGCUGUGUCUGAUCUUGACCUCAAGCAGAUGGAGGCUCUGUUUUCUGAGAAAAGUGUCGGGCUCACUCUGAUUGCCAGACCACCGGACACAAAAGCGACUCUGUGUUCUUCCUGGUCAGACAGUGACCUGUUCUCCAGGGACCAGAAGGGUCUGCUGCCCCCUCCUAACCAGUCCCAACUCCUGGAGGAAUUCCUGGAUCACUUUAAAAAGGAUGCGGCAAAUGAUUUCAGCAAUGUCCCUGAUGUCACAACUGGCCUGAAAAGGAGUCAGACUGAUGGCACACUGGAUCAGGUUUCCCACCGGGAGAAGAAGGAGCAGACAUUCAGGAGUGCUGAGCAGAUCACCGCGCUGUGUAGGAAUUGUAACGACACCCAGACCAACGGCAUGGAAGGACCAAGGGAGGGUCAGGACCCUCCUCCGAGGCCACUGGCUCGCCACCUCUCUGAUGCAGAUCGCCUCCGGAAAGUCAUCCAGGAGCUCAUGGACACAGAGAAGUCCUAUGUGAAGGAUCUGAGCUGCCUCUUUGACUUAUAUUUGGAGCCACUUCAGAGUGAGACCUUUCUUACCCAAGAUGAGAUGGAGUCACUUUUUGGAAGUUUGCCAGAGAUGCUUGAAUUUCAAAAGGUGUUUCUCGAGACCCUGGAGGAUGGGAUUUCAGCGUCGUCUGACUUUAACACACUUGAAACCCCCUCGCAGUUCAGAAAACUGCUGUUUUCCCUCGGAGGCUCUUUCCUUUAUUAUGCGGACCACUUUAAACUGUACAGUGGAUUCUGUGCUAAUCAUAUUAAAGUACAGAAGGUUCUAGAGCGAGCUAAAACUGAUAAAGCCUUUAAGGCUUUUCUGGAUGCCCGGAACCCCACCAAGCAGCACUCCUCCACGCUGGAGUCUUACCUCAUCAAGCCAGUUCAGAGGGUGCUCAAGUACCCGCUGCUGCUCAAGGAGCUGGUGUCCCUGACGGACCAUGAGAGCGAGGAGCACUAUCAUCUGACGGAAGCACUAAAGGCAAUGGAGAAAGUAGCCAGCCACAUCAAUGAGAUGCAGAAGAUAUAUGAAGAUUAUGGGACCGUGUUUGACCAGCUUGUAGCAGAGCAGAGUGGAACAGAGAAGGAGGUCACAGAACUUUCAAUGGGGGAGCUUCUGAUGCACUCUACAGUGUCCUGGUUGAAUCCAUUUCUGUCUCUAGGAAAAGCCAGAAAGGACCUUGAACUCACAGUAUUUGUUUUUAAGAGAGCUGUCAUAUUGGUUUAUAAAGAAAACUGCAAACUGAAAAAGAAAUUGCCCUCAAAUUCCCGGCCUGUGCACAGCAAUGCUGACUUGGAUCCGUUUAAGUUCCGCUGGUUGAUUCCCAUAUCCGCGCUUCAAGUUAGACUGGGAAAUACAGCAGGGACAGAAAAUAAUUCCUUAUGGGAGCUGAUCCACACCAAGUCAGAAAUAGAAGGACGCCCAGAGACCAUCUUUCAGUUGUGCUGCAGUGACAACGAAAGCAAAACCAGCAUCGUCAAGGUGAUUCGAGCUAUUCUGAGGGAAAACUUCAGGCGCCACAUAAAGUGUGAACUGCCCCUGGAGAAAACAUGUAAGGAUCGCCUGGUACCCCUUAAGAACCGCGUUCCUGUCUCAGCCAAAUUAGCUUCAUCCAGGUCCUUAAAAGUCCUUAAGAAUUCCUCCAGCAGCGAGUGGCCGGGGGAGCCAGGCAAGGGCAGCUCCCUGGACUCGGACGAGGGCAGCCUGAGCAGCAGCACCCAGAGCAGCGGCUGCCCCCCUGCCGGGAGCAGGCAGGACACCCAGCAGCACCCCCACUCGGGCCUGGCCGACUUCUCCGACAGUCUCAUCAAAGAGAGCGACAUUCUGAGCGACGAGGAGGAGGACUACCCCCAGGCUCGGAGGCAGGGCAGCCCCACCAAAGACAUUGAGAUCCAGUUCCAGAGACUGAGGAUCUCUGAGGACCCCGACGCUCACCUGGCUGAAGAGCCGCCCGGCAAGGAUGGGCAGCCCAAGCUGGUGCGGGGGCACUUCUGUGCCAUCAAACGCAAGGCCAACAGCACCAAGCGGGACAGGGGCACCCUGCUGAAGGCACAGACGCGUCACCAGUCCCUGGACAGUCAUCCUGGAAACGCCAACCUUGAUCUCAGCUCUGUCCUCGAGCGAGAAUUCAGUGUCCAGAGCUUAACGUCGGUUGUCAACGAAGAGUGCUUUUAUGAAACAGAGAGCCAUGGAAAGUCCUAGCACAGUCCAACCCAGAUAUGGGUUACAUUGCUGGUUUCACUGUUAAACUGGUGGCGAAAUGAAAAUUGCAGAAACACUAUUCAUUAGGUUUUGUGCAGGAUACAUUUUCCCACAAAUAGCUGUAAAGACUUAAGUUAUUUUAAUUUAUUGUGGAUCAGAAAACUAGCUUAAACUGGUCAGAAUUUGUAAAUUACUUAGUUUAUAUCCCUUUUGAGCAGGUAUCAAAAUGAUUUAGAAUCCUUAAGACGAAUGCAUUCUAAUUUAUGUAGAAAAAAGUGGGGAAGUUGUGAUUAAUAACUUUUAAAAGGUCAUUUUUUCUCCAAUACUUUCAACUAUUAGGUUUCACUUUAUUUAAAGCAUAUUUAAAUUAUUCUAAUGUGGGUUAGGGGUACAAUGUGCAGAGACUUCAUUUUUGUAAGGUUGUAAUAGAUGCUGUUUAUACUAAACAUGUCACAUCUAUGCAGUAUAUAUAUGUAUAUUAAAGCUUGUACUGUAUCUUACUUGAUAUUUAUUCUCUUUACCAAGCUGUAAAAGGGGAGUAAGUCACAGCCGUGAGCACAUAUGAGAAGUUCAACACCUGGCAGGCUGGCAGCCCCUGAAGUAGCAGCUACAGUCUGCAGCUCUCCUUGUCAUCCUCUUUUUUCUGACUUUUGCCUGAGUUCUUCUCUGAAAUUGUAAGCAAAGAGGUGUGGGUCUUCAUCACACAUUUUUCGGUACACAUCGCAGAGGCUCUUAAAAUGUGAGACAGUGAGUUGGGUAGGUCGUAGAGUCGGGUCCACAUCUGCCGACUCUAACAGUUUUCCUGUGCUUUCUAAUCGCUGAGCUUCAGGGAAUAACAUUCUGAAAGGAAGAGGAAAAAAAAUCAGAUUUCACUUAAAUUCUACAAAUGAUGCUGCUUCCUUCUCCCCUCCUUUGAAAACGGCAUGGUUCCGACAACAUUAGGGAGUGGAAGAGGAGCCUCUGCAGUGGCCUGCGGGCCCCAAGCCCGUGGAGGAGGCUCUGCUUACACCACCGGCAACAGAGGUUCAACAGAACUUGUCUCAAAGGGCUUGGAAGACGGCGUGGCAAGAGGAGACCGAGCUCUCUUACAGGCUGAUGGUCUUCUCAACCAGGAACGCCAGGUCCCCACAUGUUCAGGGUUGGAGGAAAAGUAUUCGCACGUGAUAUCAGGAUGUGUGGAUGAGAAAGACCCAAGACAACCAACCUGGAUGUGCUUUCAGAGGCGCCAGAGAUGUUUCUCCUGCUAGGUGGGGUCUGAGCCACCUGGAACCACCCUGCUGACCUCCCUGUGUCCCCCCCUACCCCCAUCCCCAUCACUGAGGCUGGCAAAUGCUGAGAAUGUUCUAAGCUGGAGAGUGAAAGCUGGCAAUGGAGAGACUUUGCACCUGAAAAUGCUCCCUAAAAUGUCCAUCUUCAGACUGUUUUAGUGUCGAUUAUAUGCCUUGGGUGGAACAGUUAUUCUUCCACUGCAGAGUGACUAUCUCAAUGUUCUUAUUAAAUUUUAAUCGUUUUUUUCAAA